AUGGACAACAGUACAGAACUCUUGGCAACUUCCGCAAUUCCAGGAUCGAGAGAUCUAUCCACUAGCAUCAUCUACACUGUAUUCGGCAUCUUCGGUAUCGUCGGCAAUGGACUCGUUCUCCUUGUCAUCGCCCAAGUCGAAAAUCUUCGUGGUGUUACCAAUCUUUUCAUUGCCAACCAAUCUGUAAUCGACUUCUCAUCCUCGAUCGUUCUUAUCGCAAACUUCGUCGUGCCUCUACCGCAUUUGCCAUCAGACCAGCCAAUCCUAGCUGAAUUCCUCUGCCGAUUCUGGUACACCAAGUACUUCUUUUGGUCCCUCAUAGUUGCCAGUUCCUUGAAUCUUGUCCUGAUGACUCUUCCCAUGAGGUAUCGCAGCUACACUAACACUCGACGUCUGAAGUUCGUAGCAGUUCUUCCCUGGAUGAUUGGCUUUCUGUUCCAGCUUGCCGUUGUGUGUUAUACAAUUCUAGAGGAUAACCAGUGUGUCCUUUACUGGUCAUACUGGGAACCCGUGUUUUUCAAAGUUUUUGGUUCCAUGGCUGUGUUCUUGGAAUUCCUACUACCGUUGAUAGUCAUUAUCAUCGUUUACUCAUCUAUAGCAGUACGGCUUUCCCAUUCCUGUCAACGAAGUGAGGUGAAGUUGGAUCCUCUUUCCCGAAGCAAGAAAGUUGUGGAUUAUCGCAAUCGCGCCACCAAAAACAUAAUUAAAACAAUGAUGUUUGUCUCAAUAUUUUUCAUCAUAUGUUGGUUUUUAAAUCAAGUUGUAGUUUUUGCUUUGAUAUCUUGGGGUGGUAACGUUGAUCCAAAUGGUAUCCUAUAUCGUAUAUCUGUAUUCAUGGGAUUCGGAAAUAUGUGCAUCAAUCCUAUCAUUUAUUCAUUCCAAUACCAUUGGUUUCAGAAGGGUCUGAAAAAACUGUUCUGUAAAAACAGAAGAGGUAUCCAAAGUCAAGCGAUUGAAACAGUGUCAGGAACUACAAAAAAUAAACCAUAA